CGCCCCGGUGUAUCCCGGCAGCCUUUGCGGCAGUAACGCCCCGGUGUAUCCCGGCAGCCUUUGCGGCAGCAAUGCCCCGGUGUAUCCCGGCAGCCUUUGCGGCACUAAGGCCCCCGGUGAAUCCCGGCGCGUCCCGCGCUCCCGCCCCGUUUGCCCCGGGCCCAACCCGGGAGCGGCCGUCAUGGCUCAGGGCCGGCCCAAGGCGGCGGCCAAGCGUCCGAAGGUGGCGCCGGCGGCGGCUCGUGCGGCUCGGGGCCCACGGAAGGGAGGCCGCUCCAUCGCCCCCAAGAAGCUCCGCGUGGUCCAGCAGCAGAAGCUGAAGAAGCGCCUGGAGGUCGGGAUCCGGAUGCGGAUCGAGCGGGAGACCGUGCAGCGGGCGCAGGGCAGCCUCCCCAAAAAGCUGGCCCUGGUCUCGGCGCCGCCGCCCGCCAAGGACAAGGCCAAGAAGGGCCGCGGCUGAGCCCCCCCCGGGAACCCCCUGCGGCGACCUCCGCCAGGCUCGGGGCAGCUGUUCUCAGCCCCCGCCGUUCUUUAAUAAAAGGGAUUUGCGGUGCGCCCCCCGCA